AAUCCAAGCGUUUCCAUGACAACCAGAACACUUUGAGUAGUAGCUGCUAAUCUCUCAUCUGUUAUCCAAUUCUUACUAAUAAGAACGGAGGGAAGACAUUAGAGGUCUUAGAUCGGAGGAAGAAAUCUGUGCAUUGAGUGGAAAGAUCUGAGAAUUCGAGGAGGAAAAAAGUAUCUUAGAAAGAAAAAAAAAAGAAAAGUAAAAAAUAUGCUGGUUUGCAACUUUUCCUUUGCCAUCUGGAUGAUCUAUGUCAGCUCAGUAUGCAUUCACACCAAAGGCCACACUAACAAGCACAGCCAAACUAAUGAGCAAACGCAUGAUGACCUGAAGGUAUUUCUACAACCUUUGUCACCGAGUAAUCACAGUGGAUUAUCCAAGAAUCAAACAAGCAAUCUGAUUCAAAAGUUGUGGGAUCGAGUGCAAUGUACAAAAAGAAUAGCUGGUACCAAGGACCAAUGUGAGAAGUGCCUUGCGCUAGAUGUUAUUUUCUCAAUAAUAGAAAGAGAUGACAAGGAGCCACAUCUGCAGGGAGAAGCAUUUCAUAGACUUUCAGUUAUUCUUCUUUAUUAUAUUAUUUACAUGCAAGAUGUGUGUACAUUAGACACACCUCAAACAGCGAAGGACUUCAGAUUUUAUCUUAAUGCAAUUUUAAGUUUUAAGUCCGAUCAAGAUUUAAAUCAUCUGUCACAUGAUGAACUUGGCAACCUUUUGGAAAACAUUCAAGAGCAUUACACAGUUUCUUCCUGGAGUCAAUGUUUCAAUGCUGGCUGGCUGGAGGAGCAGACUGGUAUAGUGAGUCCACUAGGUGCUGAUGAAGAAUCUCUUCCUCGACUGUCUGCUGCAAUCAUUACCUCCGUUCUGCAAGGUCACUGUAUUGGAAGCCUAAGUUUGCCCAACCCAAGCUUUUUCACUGAAUUUAUUUUCAGAUCACUAAACAAUACUACAAGUAUAAAGUUAACAGAUUUGAAGCAGCUCCUUCAUCAACUGAGGUUGGGAAGAUAUUUUGAAUCACCUUCGCAUGAUCCUGAAAAUGUCGGAACUGGAACAGAGCUGAUUGAAAGCUCCGGAGAAAUACAUUUUGUGAAGCAGCAAAACCAGGAUCAUCAUGAUUGUGAUCUCUUACCUGAUUAUAGCUUUUCAUGGGCAAAGGUUUGCUUUUCUGCGGACCAGCUGGUUGGAAUCUUCUUAAAUGGGAGUGAUUCUGCCAUAUCAAAAGACCACUUCGAUCAGAUCAGCCCUGCUAUUGUUCAGCAACUGCUUAGUGGAGCUUGUCAACAUGGUGACUGGGAAUACGCACAAUCCAUCGUCCUUCCAACUAAUGCUGAGAAAUAUGGAUACAGUACGGUGGCUGUCUUGAUAAUUACAGUGAGCUCCAUGUGUGGCAUCACCCUACUGAUGUUCAACUCUUGCAAACAGACAUACCAGCUCAUCCUGCAGCUGUUUGUUGGUAUUGCAGUCGGAACCAUGUCAGGUGAUGCAUUGUUACAUCUCUUGCCACAGGUCCUCGGUCUACACACACAUGAGCAAGAAGCCACCGGCCAUUCUCAUGAAAACAAAGGAUAUAUUUGGAAAAUGUUUACUGUACUCGGAGGAAUAUAUGUAUUUUUCCUAAUUGAAAAGCUUUUUUCACUCAUCUUAACCGUUAGAGGGCAGGCAUUUGGAAAAGGACAUUUAGCACAUUCACAUGAUGUUCCAAUGGAGUCCAAUCUGAACAGUCAAUCAGAGCGAGGCAAAUCUAUUUCUACUCUGCAACUGCGAAAUCCAGAAGAUUCAGAAAACGUUGAAAACCCUACCGACAAUGCAAUAGGCAGUAAUUCUGAAAAUGACACAAAGAAAACACUGAAUGUGUUGGCAGUUAUGAUUGUGGUAGGAGACAGCAUGCAUAACUUUGCAGAUGGAUUGGCUAUUGGUGCAGCUUUCUCAUCAUCAAUCGAGACUGGGAUCACCACGACUAUUGCCAUAUUGUUUCAUGAAAUUCCCCAUGAAAUGGGGGACUUUGCUGUACUUCUGAACUCUGGUUUAUCAGUAAAGAUGGCUCUUCUGAUGAAUUUACUCAGUGCACUAACUGCCUUUAUUGGACUCUACAUUGGCCUUUCUCUGUCGGCUGAUCUCAAUGUUCAGCAGUGGAUUUUCACAGUGACAGCGGGGAUGUUCCUCUACCUAUCGUUAGUAGAAAUGCUUCCUGAGAUGACACAUGUACAAACAACACAGCCCUGGUUGCUGUUCAUCUUCCAGAACAUUGGAUUGAUUCUAGGAUGGGCUUGCCUUCUGUUUCUUGCUCUUUUUGAACACAGACUUAUUCUGUAAUUUUAUCUCAAGUGCUCUCAAUUAGCAAGAAUAAAUGGCUAAAAUUUCAAAUAAGGCACCGUGCUUUUGAAUCUAAAAGCAAUUCUUAGAGCGACUGGGAAGAACAAUAAUACAAAGCGUGGAAAUGAUCACUAAUAUGUAACAAUUACUUCGCAAUUGUUUCUCACGAACAAUUUUAAUUGCAAAAAUCUGAAACUGUUUUACUGAAAUCUUAGCAGUAUCUGUGAUAACUUCACUCAUAAAUUGUUGCAUUUGCUAAACUUGAUUUAUCAUAUUUGAAACAAAAUAACUGGUAAGAAUUAGUGUGUUGCAAAAAAUAACAACAAGUACAAUAUUAAUAUAUUUGGCUGUUUUUUAAGAAUGAAGCAUAUUAAUUUCUAAUUUGAGUAGUUAUCAAAUUAUUCUGUUUGAUCGGUCAUGCCAAAUAAUGUU